CCUCCCAGCCGCCCCUGAGCUCACAGCAAGGCCCAGCCCUGGGCUCCGAGGAGCAAGGGCGGGGACGGGGAGGGGCGUCCCGGCCGUGAGAAGAGCCCGCCAGUCACCCUGCUGCUGGGGGCACGUUUUUAGGCAGGCGCCGGCUGCGACAGCCCCGUUGCUAUGGGAGCGAGGGCCCCUCAAGGCAGGCCCUGCGAGGCGGAGCCCCUGACGCUGUAGUAACGGGGGCCUUCCCCUACGGGAGACUUGCAUCAUGGCGGCGCCCUUGCUGAUGGCGGCGCGGUGCGGUGCGCGGCCCUUCGGCACGGCCGAAAAGCCUGCUAUGGAAAAGAAGGCACUCUCAUCCCCUUCUGCUCUCCAGCUGCACAAGAACUUUGAAGAUGAUCCUUUGGUGGGUCUUUUAUCUGAUGAGGAGCAGGAUGCUCUCAAAAAGCCAUCUUCAACUGGCACUAAAAGCAGCUCUGAAAAGAACACAGAACAGAGCAAAGAAAAAGAGCCACCUCAGACGCCCCUGCACACCAUGGCACCAGUCCAGAGGAGUGAGCUCACGUUUGAAGAUAAUGAUGAUGACUUGAUGGAUGCACUGGGUUUUGGGAGUGGCCCAAAAGGAGAUGAGAAAGAGGAGAUCUGGCCAGCGCACUCCAUGACAGAUGAAUUGCUGGGACAAGGCUCCAUGGACAAAAUCCUGAAACAACCAGGCAAAGGAGAGCACAGGGAGUUCAAACUGGAUAAAAAAUACCAAGACCAGCCAGAGAAGGAAGAUGGAUGGGACAAGGAGGAUUUUGACUUUGGAGCAUACCAGCCCACAAUGGCUUCCAUGCCCAGUGGCCAGCUAGGGAGGAGGCAAUCUGCGAGGUACUGUGCUCUCAGGUUUUCUGCUGAGACCAGCAGUGAAGCAAAACCAGAGCCUUGCCACAAACCUCCUCCAGCCAGCCAGAACCCUGUGUGGAGCAGCAGGAAUAGAGGAGACUGGCUGGGUUUGAAAGAUGAGGCUUUUAUGGAUUCAGAGCUGUCAUCCCCAGUGAAAGCCAGUACCACAGUGAGCCACCCAAGCCCUGCCACAGCCAGGCAGCACCGCUCCACCAGCCAGCUUCCGGCAGCAGAGAAGGCAGUGCCUCAACCUGACCCACCAGAGGAGGAGGACUGGCUGAUGGCCCUGUUGGCUCGCAAGAAAGCCCAAGCACAGGCAAAGAGCCAGGAGAGAAACGCCAAGCCUUCAGAAGCUCCAGGCAAUGAGCUGGAUCCCCGGUCUCCUGUCAGGCAGCCAGUCCACUGGCUCAGCACCGCAAAACAAGACUCAGCUCACCCGUUGGAGUCUGUGCAGGGUGAUCCCACCAGAGAUGACAAUGCCCUGGUCCCUACAACUACGAUCCCACAAGAGCAGAAGAUGCCAGGCCCUGCUGUGCUCACUCAGGCAGAUUCUGCAGCCUCAGGCUUGCUACAUGAGAGGAGGCUGGGAGCUCCCACAACCUACCUCUACAAGGAUGCAUCAGGUUGUCAUGCAGAGCUCCUCAGGGCCCAGGCCCGUGUGGCAGAGCUGGAGAGCCAGGUCCAGAUGCUGGAGAUGGAGCGGACUCAGUACAAACUGAGGCUGGAGAGUCUCCAGCAGCGGCACCAGGCAGACCUGGAUCAUCUCGAGAGCGCAUACAGGACAUUGGUCCAGGAGAUGCGCAAAGACUACGAAGAGCAGCUCCAGCGGCUGAAGCGGCUGAAAGACCUGGAGAUCGAUGCAGUGACCAGUGCCACCUCACAUACCAGGUCUUUGAAUGGUAUCAUUGAGCAGAUGGAGAAGUUCUCCAGUGACCUGCAUGACCUCUCCCACAAGAUGGAGGCCAUGCACCAAACCACGUCCCAGGAACUGGCACAGCAGUGGGACAAGCAGCUCAAAGUGCUUGAGGACAGGCUGUCACAACAGAAGAGGGACAUGGAGGAGGAGCGGAGCCGAUUCCAGGAGGUGAUCACUAGAAUGGAGUUCAGGCUGAGUGAGCAGGAGAGAUGGAGGCUGAUGGCAGAGCAAUCCAAAGCAGAAUUGCUGCAGCACUCACUGGAGGAGCAGCAGCGAGGCAUGACCCAGCAGCUCUCCAUGGAGCGAGCAGAGCUGGAGAGGGAGAAGAGUGCAUUGCUGAAGGAGCGACAGAAGCUGGAGCGCGACAUGGACCAAACCCAGCGGACAGCCUCUCAGAGAGAGAGCACCAUCAUGAGCCUGGCCAAGGAGCAGGCAGAGCUGAAGAUCCGGAGCCGUGAGCUGAAAGCGAAGGAGAAUCACUUGUUGAGGGACAGGGAGCUGCUGGAAGAAGCGUGGCAGGAGCUGAGACAUGAGAAGGAGAAGGUGAACAGGGCCGCACUGCGCAUCCAGAACCGUGAGGAGGAGAUUAAAAGCACAACCAAGCUCUCAUCCCAGAAGUAUGAGGAAGGGGAGCGAGCCCUGCAGGAGGCACGCAGAGUAGAGUCUGAGCACCAGAGCAGGCUGCAGGUCAUGCAGCAGCACGUGGAGCAGCUAAAGCAGCAGGAACAGCGUCUGCACCAGGAGCGUCUGAGCAUGGUUCACCAGAGGAAACAGCUUGAACAGCUACGUGAGGUGCUACCCAGGAAACCUGUGACGCUGGGGACUAUGGGCAAGGACCUCGGUGCCCCUGUGACAGGCCUUUCUGCCACACUGUCGCAGGCACUACACAAUGUUCCAGGCUUUCUGCCUCCCAUUCAGGAAGCCCUGUCCAUGGCCAGCCCCACUGACCGCUACAUCAACCUGCUGCUGCUGAACUACAGGGCCCAGCAGGACCACCGUUUCUUAGAAAAUGAGAAAAUCUUCCUGGACAGCCUGAAGAAAGCGCCCUACACCACUUGAACCCUGUCAUACUGAGGAGGUGGCAGCCCUGCACACUACUCUGUGAAUGGCUGUGCCCAUCCUUGCAGGAGGCCACCAUGCCCUCUGCAUGGGCUGGGAACGACAAACACUAAAAAAUCCCAGUUUUCAUGGAGGAACUGUCCUUUUCUUUAAAAACAGUCUUGGCAUGU